UUUUUUUGUUUCUCUCUAUUUUUUUUGUUCCGUUUAAAUUUUUGUUUUUGGCUGUCACUAUCUCGGUUUGGCGCACAUUGUAUAUAAAAAGAGCAGCAUAGCCAGCGAGUACAGUUAGAAAGGAAGAUGCGGUUCAGCGGCCACAACCGUUAUCACUGCUCUACAGCGACAGCGACGCUGGUGGUCUGCAUUUGCCUAGCCCUUGGUGUAGGGCGGACGCAGGGCGACGACAGCGCCGAGGCAAUCGCUGGCGGCAGCAGGAAAUGGUUCUGCAGCCAAACGGACAUCUGCAGCCCCGAGGAUGAGUUGGAGAAUGGGGUCGGGUAUUUGGAGGAGCACUUUGAGAGCCAGAGGGACUGUCGGCUGUCGUGCGGCAAGUAUGGUUCCAUCUGGCCCAUGCCGACGGGUGUGGAGUGCAGCCUGUCGCACGAGCGGGUGCACUUUGAUCCUUGGAAGGUGCGCUUCCAUGUUGUGGCCCCCAGCGAGGCGACCACGCAGUUUUUGCGAGAGACGAACCGCCUGUUUGUGAGUAAUCUGCUCAAGGAGUGCACCCGCAACUGCACUUUGGCCAGCAGCAAGCAGAUCCUUGUGCGGGCAACUGUGAGCAGCAACAGUCUGGUGCUCGACUGGCGCACGGACGAGAGCUACACGAUGGUGCUGCGCACCACGGAGACGGCCACCUUUGUGGACAUCCAGGCGGCGACGGUGUACGGGGCGAGGCACUCCUUCGAGACGCUCAGCAACCUGGUCACAGGCAGCGUGAGCAACGGCCUGCUCCUCGUCAGCGCCGCUCGCAUCGCAGAUCGUCCCGCCUACCCGCAUCGCGGCGUGCUGCUGGACACCUCGCGUAACUUUAUACCGCUGCGGUAUCUGCGUAGCACCCUGGAUGCCAUGGCCGCCUCCAAGAUGAAUGUCCUCCACUGGCAUGUGGUGGACACGCACAGUUUCCCGCUGGAGAUCACCCGUGUGCCGGAGAUGCAGCGCUACGGCGCCUACUCCACCUCCCAGACCUACUCUCGCACGGAUGCCAUCAAUCUGGUGAAGUACGCCCGCCUCAGGGGCAUUCGCAUCCUCAUCGAGAUCGAUGGGCCCUCGCACGCGGGCAAUGGCUGGCAGUGGGGUCCGGCGGCGGGACUGGGCAACAUGUCCGUUUGCCUAAAUCAGUCGCCGUGGCGGAGCUUCUGCGUACAGCCGCCAUGCGGGCAGCUGAACCCCCUGAACGAUCACAUGUACGCCGUGCUGAAGGAGAUCCUCGAAGAUGUGGCCGAAGUUGGGGCACCUGAGGAGACCGUGCACAUGGGCGGCGACGAGGUGUACCUACCGUGCUGGAACAACACGGAGGAGAUCGUAGCGAAGAUGCGGGCCCAGGGCUACGAUCGCAGCGAGAACAGCUUCCUCCGUCUUUGGUCGCAGUUCCAUCAGCGGAAUCUCAAUGCCUGGGACGACAUCAACGAGCGCAUGUAUCCCAACAUCAAGGAUCCCAAGCCGGUGAUCAUCUGGUCCAGCCACCUUACAGUUCCCAAAUACAUUGAGACCUUCCUGCCCAAGGAGCGAUUCAUCAUCCAGACGUGGGUCGAUUCCGCGGACCCCCUCAAUCGGGAGCUGCUGCAGCGCGGCUACCGCCUGAUUAUUUCCACCAAGAAUGCCUGGUACCUGGACCACGGCUUCUGGGGCAGCACCAGCUACUACAACUGGCGCACCGUCUAUGCCAGCGGCAUGCCGAUGGGCAAUCACAGCAGCCAGGUCCUCGGCGGCGAGGCGUGCAUGUGGAGCGAGUUUGUCGAUCACAACUCCUUGGAGUCCCGCAUCUGGCCACGAGCUGGUGCGGCCGCCGAGCGCCUCUGGUCGAAUCCGAAGUCUUCGGCCCUGGUGGCCCAGCAACGCUUCUAUCGCUAUCGUGAGCGCCUCCUCGCACGUGGCAUCCAUGCGGACGCCGUCAUCCCGCGCUGGUGUGUCCUCCACGAAGGAAGAUGUCUUUAGAUAGACAGACAGAGAGAAAGAGAGAGAGAGAGAGCGAACAGCACUGUGUAUAUACGUUUUCAGUUAUGUUAUCUCCUUCGUUUAUUAUACAUACAAACAAAAAUCCAUUCUAAUCCAACCAG